AUGGCAUCGGUGGCGACCCAUUUCUCAGGUUUCCUCUUCUUAUUCCCCGUUGGUAUACGCCGCUUGCUAUUUUCUUCCUCCGUUUACCUGAAAAGCCCGUCCAAUUUCCGAUCCAAACUAUGGUAUUUCUCUCACCCCGCAUGGAAGAACAUUGAUCUCUAUUUCCUUCUUGUAGCCCUCCCUAUCGCUUCCUUCUCUGAGUUUGUCAUCUUCUUAUCUUUUUCCGGUCACCCCACCUACCGAUUUGCGUUUUCCCUGCAAUCCAUUGCACUUUUGAUAUUCUGGGUCCUGAUCCUUCUCAUUUUAGCUCAGGAGUAUUUGGGCUCAUCUCUGGUGAAUGAGAGUUUUGUUUUCAUUUUCGGAUCCAUUUGCUUUCUCGUGGAGUAUUCAGUGUUCGGUAAAGGAAUUGGGGGUCUUGGUGGAGUCGUCUACGGAUUCUUGGGUGCAUUAACUCUCGGUACAUGGCUGCUGCAAGCUGGAUUUUCUUUGUACACUGAUGCUUUUAUGUUGAAGGGGUGUAAAAAGAUUUCACUUUCUUCACCAUCUCUCGAGAAUGUCGAUGUUCAUUGUGAUCUUGAUGAGGAUAGUCUGAGGGGUAUCACAUUGAUGCAUUUCAUCUUCACUGUGCAUGCCACUGUGGUGCUGGUUUUGAGUCUUGGACUAUUUGGGUUGCUAGCAAGUAACCGAAAAUUGAGAUGUGUGGAGGCAAGGGGACCGUUGCUAACUGAGCUUGAAUCGCCACAAAUGCUUAUGCAUGCUCUUCCUGGCCAGGAGAUGGAAUAA